ACAGGAGCCUCCGGGGCAGCGGCUGGGCUGGGAGGUUGGAAAAAACCUGACCCACCGAAGAAAAAACAAGUGAAAGAGGACUGGAGCUCGGCGGGGAGCCAUCCUGCGUGUGGGGCAGGACACGAGCACUGAGCAGCAGGUUUUCCCACACCGCUGAGUCGUCACCUCCCUUCUUCCUGCCGCAGAGUCCGGGGGAGAUGAGCAUUUCAUCGGAGCACAAGCCCCUUGGGAAGCAGGUCACUGGCAGCCUGCAUACGUUGUCACCAAUCGUGGAGUUAAAUGUUGGCGGGGAAAUGUACACAACAACGCUGAGCACCUUAAAGAAACACCCUGGUUCCAAGCUGGCAGAGAUGUUCACCGGCCAGCCCAAACUGAGGACUGACUCCGAAGGGAGGUUCUUCAUUGACAGACCAGGCACCUAUUUCAAAUACAUCUUGGAGUACCUGCGCAGUAACCAAGUGCCCACCCAGUGCAUCCAGGACGUCUACAAGGAGGCAUUGUUCUACGACAUCGAACCUCUAAUCAAGCAGCUAGAGGAUUCCCCGCAAAUCUUUGGGGAGCUUGUGGCAAGGAAGCAGUUUCUGGCCCGUGUGCCCAACUACAGUGAGAACAUCGAACUAAUUAUCCGCAUUGCAAGGGCGGAAGCGGUCGCAUGCCGUCGGUCCAGUGUCAUCGUGUGCGUGGUCAGAACCGAGGAAGAUGCAGCCAGAUGUCAGGAUGCCUUGAACAGCUUGGACAUGGAUAAAAAAUCCGUGGUGAAGUUUGGCCCCUGGAAGGCAGCGCCAAGUAUUUCUGAUCUGCUGGACUGCAUUCAAAUGGAUGUCGAAGCCAAAGGGUAUAAAAUAUCUUUUCAGCCCCACGUUGCUGAAAAAGGUUUUCGCUUCAAAUCGCAUGACUUCUUCUACAAGUUCCUGUUCACCUGGUGGUAGCAAAGUGCCACCAUUGAUGGGGAACGGAAGAAAGACAUUAUUAAAACAAAUUAACUCGGGCCGUGGAGACUAAGCCACGGACUACCAGAGGGACAGGAGGAAAUGCAUGGGCCAACGAAAGGAUCUCCUUUGGUUGUUUGCCAAAUUAAACAGCACUUAAGAGCCACUGUUUACGUGGCUUUUGGGGAUAAUGGUACGAUUUAAAAGGUAUCAGGAAAAGAAGGAAUUUUACUCUUUCAGUGUUGCUGACUGUUAGAUAAAUUCAGAGCGCCAGAUCUGAGGGUCGAGCCAACCUCACUCAACCUAAGAGAAAUGAAUAAUCCCAAAUCUGUCUUGUGGACAUGUGGAAAUUGGUCUCUCAGUGAAACGGGAACAGGUCACAUACACACAAUUCCGGAUGGAAACACUGACAGCUGCACUGACAGCUCAAAUUAAAUUUGGAUCCCUAAAAAGAAGGCAAAAGCUCUUUUUCUCGCUGUUCUCCAUACCAGAACCUAGGUUAAAAAGAAGGAUUUCAGUGUCCCCUGCUCUGUCCUCUCCAGUAGACAGCCUACUCUCUAGCCAAUGUAUUUAUUACCGUUAUUUAUUAUUUAUUCUGAAAGAAAGACAGAGAAACUCAGCUAUGGUCCAGGAUCAACAAAAGGUAAAAGUACCACCGCUGAUCUGAGGAGUUUAUAAUCUAAGGACACACACUCAGGCCAUGCUAUUUUAAUCCUUUUCUUAUGACAUUUAUUAUUAUUAUGAUACUAUUUCUAAAUAUACAAGCUUCUGGAAGAAUAGGGAAAACCCACCAUGAUUUGAUGGGAAGGAAGCACCACUGAAGUGACAGUCUGGGACCUCAGUGCAAAUUCUCCUUUACAGACCACAAGUUGGGUCCUACGUUGUGUUUUAACAAUCUUGGUAUUUGAAAGUUUAUUUUUAUACUGGAGAUGGCUGUCAGCUUGCUUUUUAAUCAUUCUGAAAAUCAUAAUGUCUAAUUUGAUUAUGAUCAUAUUUCCUCUGUUUCUCAGAACAUGGAUUUCUUCCAACUAAGGACAAUAAUCUCUUGGAUGUUAAAUAACUAACUUUUAAAAGCUCUUUGAAUGAUACAGAAGUGCUUUAUUUACUGACAGCUUCCUCCCAAAAUCCCCAAAUGAUAAAGACCCGAAGUUUUAUCUUUAUGCUAAUGGAUUUGAAUCAUUACUAACUAAACUUGGUUUCAUCCUUUAUUUAAGCUUGUGCUCAUCCCAGCACAGAUUUCUCCCCAGGGAAAGUCAGGAGUCAUGCCACCGACCUCAGGGCAGUUCUGCUGUAGGUGUGAGGGGACUUUUUGACACCUCUUGCAUUUAUAACCUUGGCAAGAACUGAUACAAUUGGUGUCGGAGAAGGCAAAAAGGUUUAGAAAAUAAGGUCUAUGAUCAUAUUUAUGAUCAUAACCAAGCAGUUGGUGGUGCUUAGCCUAGAAGAAGAGAGACCAAGGAGGCCUUCAAAUAGAAGGCUGCUUUAAGGAGAUAGGUUACUCUUGGUAUCUACAAAGGGUGGAAGAAGGGGUAACUGGCUUAACUCACAACAAAGGAGAUAGAAAUUAGAUAUUAGGGGAAAAAAAAUCUGAUUAUAGGGUAGUUAAAGCCUAAAACCAACCAACCUCCUAAGACUACAGGACUGCUGUCAUAAGAAAUUUUUUAAUAGUUUUAUCAAGGAUGGUCUUAAGGAACAGCCCAGGCUGGAAAGGACCUCAAAGGAUCAUCUGGUCCAACCUCUGGUGGGAAAGGGAGCCUGGAGAUUAGCAAACACCCUGUCCCAUCACGUCUUGAAACCCCUCAGCGAUGUGGACUCCACCACGUCCCUGGGGAAGUUGUUCCAGUGAAUGAUGGUUCUCACUGUAAAAAAUUUCUUCCUGAUAUUGAGAAGAAACCUCUCCUGGUGCAACUUGUACCUGUUGUCCCUUGUCUUCUUAGGAAAAAUUUCUUCACCAAAAGAGUGGUCAAGCAUUGGAACAGGGUGCCCAGAGAGGUGGUGGAGCCACCAUCCCUGGAGGUGUUCAAAAAACAUGCAGACAUGGCACUUUGGGACGUGGUUUAGUAGUCAUGGUGGUUGAUGGUUGGACUUGAAGAUCUUAGAGGUCUUUUCCAACCUUAAUGAUUCUAUGAUUCUAUGAUUCUAUUCUCCACACGGCUCCUUGUGAAAAGAGCCACCAUCCUCUUUGUGGACACCCUUUAAGUACAUGCAACACUGUGCUGAGGUGCCCCCAGGGAGAAGAGACCCAACUCAAUCAAUCUUUCCUCAUACGGCAGGUUCUCCAGACCACUGAUCGCCUCCCUGGCUGUCCUUUGGACCCUUCAGCCCCUUCCAAACCACCUUGUUCCCAAGAUGUGACCAAACUGUGGCUGCCCCUGGCAGCCUCUAGCCAUGCAGCAUCACAGAUGUAUCUGCUGCCUGUGUCCCCUGACAUCUAACUAGACUUAGGUCUGUCAGCAGGCUCCUCGGUGCCAGGGCCUCCUUCCCCUCUCCUCGAAGGAGACGUGUUUGAAGGCCGUGCUAAGCUUUCAUGUGUGUCUAACACAAGCUUGCCUGGAAACAUAAAGCCGUGUUAUUUGUAUUUUGGUCUAACAUCAAAUACUAGCGAAAAUGGUGGGU